AUGGCCGCGUGGUCUUCUCUACGGUUCCCUGAUCUCUUAACAAUCAACAACGAGCUAAUUGAGCCGGAGUUUCAGUGGGGUUAUUCAAAUAUCAAUUCUCGAGUAAUCCUUCACCUCUCAGACCACAUCCGCAUGUGUUUUGAUUCUCGUAGUGAUGACUUUCGAAGCUUCAUUGUACCUAGCGUAUUGGACGAAACAGGAACAAAAGUCAGACCCGGCCCUUCGCUUCUCCCUUGGAACCACAAAUCGGCCGCCAAGAUCAUGUGGCAGUUGUGGGAUAUUCCACAAAGUCAAUCAAAUCAUAUGAUCCUCCGAUUUUUCAAAGAGACAAUCGUGGACCGUCAAGCACGCUUGGAAUUUCUUGAAGGGAGAAUUCAUAGCUUAUACGGGUAUCUUGUCGACGAAAUUUCGUGGGAUAAUGCCGGAACGGCGUUCGACCUCAAUACCGCAGAAUGGUUUUACAUUACACAACAAGGUCUUGUCGCUCGACUUGUUGGUACUCUUUUCCUGUUUGAGAAAGCGGCUAGUCCAAAGAAUGGAAAUGCACCCGAACCUGGGCCUUACGCCAUUAUAGCGCAGCGAAAGGCGGCGGGGGAAAUGGACACUUUUGAGGUUAUGCUAGAAAAACUAAGAAUCCGUAAUCACAAAGCUACACAAUUAGCCGACUUGGGAGCUUGUAGUGCCUCUCUUUGGGAAGGAGUUAUGGGAUUAGCAGAAAUGAGUCCGUGGUGUCCUCUGGAAUGGGUUUUUCGACCGAAAGAUGUUCGUGAAAGUGGUUAUACCGCCGUGUAUUUUGAGAUCCUUCAAGGUAUUGCCCAGCAAUCUGAGCAUCUGAACUUGCUGUGGAGUUCAAUACAGGCCUCUCUUUGUGGUGCCAAAAAUCCAAUGGUCAAUCGAGCCCAGGCACAGGUCUUCUUAAAAGGCCUGGCUGAUUUGUACCAUAGAGGAUCACAAAAGCCGGAUAUUACCGCAGAAGUCCUAGCCUCCUAUCAAGCCAACUUCCGAUCAUCUAGUCUAGCACACGCUCGUUUAUCCCUUAGCGAUCCCUGUGGGCCGGCAGAGUCUUCCUGCUGCGGAUCGUUCACCCCCGAAGACUUCAUGAGAAAGACGGGAGGUGGACAGCGGGUCAGGCAGCAGGAACUGGUGGAGGCUCUGAAUACGGCAUCCAAGCAAGUCAUUGAAUCGACAUUGAUACUUGCGAAAAGAAGCAGAGACUAUCUAGAGUCAAUUGACACGACGGAUACCACCUUCGACUACGGCUCUUUAUCGACCCUUCCUUACCAAGACGUCACUUAUCCUGUCAACAACUCUCUCGAAAGUACAGCAAUGGACACGGUGGACUCAUUGGAUUCUCUCUAUCACUCUACCCAAUCUGAUCCUGGUCAUGUUGGGCUGGGUAUAGCUAUGACGCCUGGAAAAACACCAAAAUUGGCCGAUAAUUUGGAAGACAUUGAUGAAAAUUAUGCAGCGAGACGUACCGUCCCGCAAGCCCUGGAUGAGGAAGAGAUGAAGGAGCUUUUGUCGAAUCUAGAGCGGGAGCAGGCGGAAGGAGUUUCCGUGGCUCUGCUGGACCUUCAUUCGUGGACGGACUUGGGACUAUCAGCAAAAGGAGUCGCUGAAGCUGGUCUGGAAAACGUGGAACUUCUACCGACACUCAGUUCACAUUCAUCUCCCGAGUCACCCUCUCUGGCGAUAGAGUCGAGAGCUUUGACCCACCCUGACACAAGGGGCGCCUUUAAUAUGAAGGAUUGUUUAGAACUCGUCACGAUUCCUGGAUGUCGAUGCAGUGCUUGUGAAAUUGGUGAACCCAUUCAUGCUGUUUGGAGAGCAGACGGACCAGGGAAAGCUUUAGGCGAGAUAGAGGGUGCACCAACUUCGGAACAGCUCUCUCAACUCUGGAAAGAGUACCAUGACUUGAGUCUCAAGGCAACAUCAAAAAAAGACAAGUCUACAAAGGAAACGUCCGGAAAUCUUUGUCUCGAAGAGGUUCCACAUCCGAAACAGAAAGAACUUCAGGUUUCGAUUUCGUCACACGGUAUAGAAGACACAUCUUAUGCACAGACGGCUGGGAGUGCGAGGGGCGCGAUUGAGCUAAAAGAUGAGUUAGAAGUAGUUGACAAAGACAUGGACAGGCAGGUAUCGACGGAAACGGUGCUGGAAGAAUACGAGGCUCGAAAGAUUGAAGUCGACUUUCUCCAUAAAUCAAGGGAAGCAGUCAGGGUGCAGAGAGAGCUCGUAGUAGGCAACGAAGAUGUGGACAAGCAGCCAGCGACAGAAAAGAGAUCGGAAGAACACGACACUCAAAAAAUAGAAGUCGACUUUCUCCGUAAAUCAAAAGAAGCUCUCAUAGAAACACUCGGAAGAGAACAAAUGGUUCUGGAAGCCGUAUAUAACCAUCUGUCAAAGUCAAUGUUCGAACGAGAGACAGUACGAGAGGAGUUCAGUCGAAGACUCGGACAGACUCCAAACGGCGCAACAAUUUCAAUGGAAGAAGUACAGGCUAAAUUGAUUCGGGCACUGCAUGUGCAUGCUCCGAUCUUGAAUGAGUUGAGGGGGAGAAUCAGUCACAGUCUAGACGUGCAACGAUCCAAAUCGGAGCAGGUUGGUGAGAGGAUCAGUCAGGCGCUGGUCAGCGAGGCAGAUUCCUUGAGGGAAUUAGGGCAACGACUUCUUGAAGCCCUACUGAGCUGA